UACUGUUUUCUGUGAGAGACAGAAGAAUAGCAUAGAAAGAUAAAGAAAUGUGGCCAUUGUUGGUGUUAUUGGAGUGUUGUUAGGAGUGGUGGUGGGUCAUAAAUAUCACACGAAAAAAAUCUUCUAUUCACUCCCACUUCCCGCUCUUUGGCUCUUCUUGAAUAAUCUUCUUCUCUCUCUCUUCACUGCCUGUUGUUAGUAGUGAAAUGUAGGAAAAGACUUGCUACAAGUGAGAGAUAUGCUGGAUAGCUCUCCAAGCAGCAGCUCUGCGCUGAGCUUAUCGUUAUCAUCAUCAUUCUAAUGGAUACGCCUGAGAGAAACCGGAUCUGCACUCCUAAGUCUAAAUUUGAGGACUCUCCGGUCUUCAACUAUCUCAACAGUCUUUCUCCUAUUAAAUCAGUUAGAUCUGCAAACAUUUCUCAAACGUUUAACUCGCUUAGUUUUUCAUCCCCUCCAUCUGUAUUUACUUCUCCACACGUCAGUUCCCAGAAAGAAUCUAGAUUUUUAAGAAGGAAUUUCUUCUCCGACUCAGCAAAAUCAGGAUUGGCUUCUGAAAAUGGAAAUGAUGGCAAUACACGUGUCACAGAUGCAGAGACUGCUGAAAUCUUCAAUUGCUCUGCUGAUCCACCACAAAAUCCUGAUUCAAGGUCUGGUACUAAAGAAGUUCACCUGCCUAAUGAGAGUUUAGAGCUCGCGAUUGAGCUUCCACGCAAAUUGAAGUAUGGUUGUGAAAGCCCUGAAAGUAAUCCAGUUCCUCGGCAUAGAUAUGGAACAGAUUCAGUUAGGGAAAUAACUGGCACGUCAUCCUCUCUACGUCAAUUUGUUCAACCAUCCCUUGAAAGAUGUUCUUGUCCAAAAAAUGGAGUAGAAGUGCAGGAGAUAUCUCAGCUGGAGCAAAAGAAUGAUGAAGAAGAAGGAUCUGAUUGGGAGAAUAUGAUUUCUGAUGCCGCUGGACUGUUAGUACUGGAUCCUUCCAAUGAUGCAGAGGCUACAAAGGAGCAACUAAAUCCAAACAUCAGUUUUCUUAAUUCUCAAGCCCCGGACCUCCCACAAGAGGGUUUACCAAAACCUCAAUCUGGUUGUCUUGAAAAUGAUAACUUGGGCACUGCAGAAGGUACGGUGCAAAAAAAUACAAAUUGUACACCCCAGAAACUACAAAGUACCUCUCGGAGUAAAAAACAGGUUAAGUUUCACAAUGAAAAAGUAGACGAUAAAGCCGAAAAGGACUGCAAGCAGCAGCGUGGUACACGAAGGCGCUGCUUACUGUUUGAGAUGGGGGGAGGUCAGAAAAGGAGGUUGGUGGAUGAUUCUAAGAGUGGUUCUUCAAGCUCGCCUUCUGAUGGAAAAGUUACUUCAGAAGAUAGGCAAUUGGUUCCUUUUAAGGCUGGAAAUAAUUCAUCUCCAUGCAUGGUUCCAGGAAUUGGUUUGCACUUGAAUGCUCUUGCAGUUAGCGGGAAGGAUAAUAGGGUGGUUAAACAGGAGAAUUUGCCCUCUGGGAAGUCACUGAUAAGCAUGUCAAGUCAUAUUACUUCUUUACACACUGUCGAAUCUGAGCUACAACCUUUGAAUAAAACCUUCUCUCUGAGCUCUUUGGAAAGAGAUAUCGUUCCAGCUGUUAGUGAAGAUCAAGUUAUGCAAGAUGCUUAUCAGGCAUCAGUUUUUGGAGUCAGUGAAGAAUUUGAGAGUGGCAGCCCUAGGAAGAGGAGACGCAGGUACGAAAAUGGUGGAGAUGAGUCUUGCAAGCGCUGUAACUGUAAAAAGUCCAAGUGCUUGAAGCUUUACUGUGAAUGCUUUGCUGCUGGCGUGUAUUGUGUUGAGCCUUGUUCAUGUUUGGACUGCUUUAACAAGCCCAUUCAUGAAGAUACUGUUCUAGCAACUCGCAAGCAGAUUGAGUCUCGGAACCCUCUUGCAUUUGCUCCAAAAGUUAUUUCUCAUGUGGCAGAAAUUGGGGAAGAAACUUAUAAAACUCCCGCUUCAGCUCGCCAUAAAAAAGGAUGCAACUGCAAGAAAUCAAGUUGCCUAAAGAAAUAUUGUGAAUGCUUUCAGGGUGGUGUUGGAUGCUCCAUUAACUGCAGAUGUGAGGGUUGUAAGAAUGCAUUUGGCACAAAAGAUGGAUAUGUUCCAAGUGGAGAAGAAAUUGAGCCAGAAGGUGAAGAAUCUGAAAGCUCUGAAAAGAAUAACACGCGGAAAAGUUUGCAGAUCAGUGAAGUACACAAUGAUAUAGAAGAACAAUAUCCAGACCAUGUUACACCCAUCACACCCUUCCAGAUUUGCAGGAUGUCAGUUCAGCUGGAGUUUUCGUCGUCUUCUGGGAAACCUCCACGACCGUCUAUAUUCCCUGUUGGAUCAUCUCCUAGGCUGCUAAGCAACCACAUACAACAAAUAUCGGGGGUUCUUCCCACCCCACUCAAGUUGGAAAAGCAAUUCCAGAUUGCUGCUCCAGAAGACGAAACUCCUGAAUUCUUAAAAGGCAGAAAUUCCUCACCUAUCAGUGGUGUGAAAACUGCUUCACCAAACGGUAAGAGAGUCUCGCCUCCUCAUGGUAAGAGUACUCGGAAAUUGGUGCUACAAUCUAUCCCUUCCUUCCCUUCUCUCACGUUCCAUGAUCAAACUGAUGAUCACCAAUGAAAGUUUUCCUCAUCAUGUUCAUUGUGACUGUAGUUAGGGUCCCAAGGAAUGUUGCUAGUUAUAAGAGUAAUUUGAGUUUGUAUCCCCAGUACUUGUAUAAUAAUAAUGAAUUUAGCACAUUGUAAUGUCAUGUUAUCCUUUUAGAAUUCCAGAAACAAAAAAUCAUGUUUCCCUGGUA